CUCAAUAAAUGUGUGAUUAAACGAGCGGGGAUAAGGAUUGGGGGUGGAGAUAAGUGAGAGGGAAGCACCGCAGAAGUUGGAAGGGUGUGGUGUCGGGUGUGGCGGAGAACUCCUCUCCAGGAAGAUGGGCACAGCAGCCGCGAAUUCGGUGGGGUGGGUGCGGGCAUCCCCUCUGUGAAGAACGUUGAGGAUAUCUAUCUACAUGUGGAAGGUGUGGAGAUGGGGCCUCCUUCAGCCUUUUGAGCAAGAUGAUCUGAACUGGGGCUGGGUGUGGUCAGAGCCCCAGGGGCUGGAGGCCCACGACAGUCCAAGGCUUCACAGCCAACUGUUCCCAUGUUCAUCUGUAAAAUGAAGAGAUUAGAUGGCGGUUGUCUCCUUUCAGGCUGAAGGUUUCAUGCUUCCUUGCUUCAAAUCUGUUUUGUACUGAAAUUUCUUUAAGUGUUCCCUUGUGACAGUUUUUAUUAAUGGAUUACUGUGUGUGGGGCCUGUACUGGGUGCAGGGGAGAGAGAAGGACCCUGUGUUAAGAUGCAUGUAGUCUUGUGCAGACUAACAAAAUAUUGAUGACGAUGAUGAUUCCAUGUAGAUGGUCCUGGGUGCACAGGUUAAACAGAGAAGGGGCUCCUGGCUGAGCCUGGUGUGUCCAAAAAGGCUUCCUGGUCAAAGCGAUCCCUAAUCUGGACUGGGAAGGGGAGAAUUGAGCAAGGGCCUUCCAACGUUGGUCAUAGGGUGCGAGGACAUGGUGAGUUCAAGAGCCACGAGAGCAUGGGGCAUCUCGGGGUGCAAUGGGGAAAGAUGAGCAGAGUUGAAUUCUCAGUUCCCCCUUAUCUGAGGUGUGUGUGCCAGCAAGUCCAUUUGGUGGGGGUCUGGGUUUCUGAAAAACAACUCAAGGACAUACUCUAAGAUGUUACCUUUAGUUUGUAUAGGCAACCACACGUCUCGUGUGGUCGAACUUCCUUGCUGUUGUUUUAGCUACAGUUACCUUAUCAGGUUGCACAUUUACUUCUCAGGACCAGCUAGGUGCCUGGAAUUUCCCUGGAAAGAACUCAAGAUUUUCCUUUAUUUUCAUGAUUGGAGGGCGCAGCAGGUGCCUGAAGGGGUCCCUGCUCCAUCUCACUUUCGUUUUCCAAGGUCCUUUGGAUGCAGCAAGGGAUGGAAACGUGUGUAUUAAUUAAAAUGUGACACCUGUUCAGAGACUGUUAGCAGCUGGGUUUGUCCUCGACCUUCAGCUCAGAUCCAGGCCCUGACAGGUUCCUGAGUAUUAGACUUGGGGCGGAGGAAUGUUAAGUGCAGCUCUCGCCUCUGAAGGGAGGUGGCUGAGGAGGAGGGGGCAGGGCUGUGGGGCAGGGGAGGUGUGGGUGGGACAGUUCCAGCAAGGGUGUUUACCUCUGGCGGGUGAAGGAAGUCUUGGAAGGAGGUACCUCAGGAUCAUGGCUGGGGUUGAAUUGGGGACCUCUGGGAGGUGGGCAGGCAGAGUGGAUAAGGCAAGUGACCUGGCUGCAUGCAGAUGAGGUCUCCUGGGAAUGUUGACAGGAGCAAACUAAAGCCAUGAAACCUGGCUGGCUGUUCAUACCCUGAGGUACAGUUCUUAUAACCCUGAAUGGGGAGCGGGUGAUGGCAACAGCAAUGACCUAAAUCGAAUUUGUCUUGCACCUUGGGAAUGUCUCUGAGAGUCCUCUCACACUGUUCGCAUCUCGCCGUCCCUCCCCCCACCGCCCCUGCCCCACUCAAUAUAACAAUUCUAUACCACGAGCAAGUGUUAUUUCCAUUUUUAGGUGGGGAAACUGAGGCCCAGAGAAGGAAAGUGGUUUGCCUGGGAUCACGUGGCUAACCAGAAGCAAACCCAAUCUCAGUCCCUGUCUGGAGCUUUUCAACGGCCUUUUCCACUAUGGCCUGCUCUUUGGGUGGGAUGGCAGCCUGCCCUUUCCCCUGGCUCCCCUCCUCUGUUCCCUCCCCAGAUUGAGGACUGGGGUGUUUGAGAGACUGAGGUCUGGAGAUGGUGGAGUAGAAAGAGGGGAAGGGUCAGGGUUGGGAGAGUGGUCACAGUGGGGGUGGCCUUGUGCUGAGUGGGAUCCGGGAAGUUGGACAGGAGCAGGGUGGGUCAUGGUGGGUGGGACAGGGGAGUUGUGGUGGGAGGCUGAUGCUGGAUGUGGGGAUGGAGGCCUCCAGGUGGGGGAGGGGAUGCCCACCUGGUUUGGGCUGGGACCUCUGGGAGGGGCAUGCAGAACUGCCCUGGUAAGUGGAGGGCUUUACAGACAGUGCCACAACCACAGCCGUGGCAAACCCUCUUCCUCCUGCGGGGUGGAGUGUGGAGGCUCCUGUGUGGCGCUGGGGGCCUCUGAGAUUCCCAAGUGGCUGGAAGGAGUAAUGGCUUAGGAAGAGUGAGCAGCAGCGGGGGCAGUGGCAGAGAGGCUUGUACAGACACUGCCCGGUGCAUCCAGCUCAGGCUUGCUGCCCUGCGGUACUCCUCCCAAACUCAGAGAGCAGGUAUUUCCAUUCACCCAUGCCAUCAGGAACCUGAGCUCAAAGCCCUACAAUGACUGGCCAGGGACUAGCAGCGGCUCAGUGAUGGGUGGGCUGGGACUUGGGACUCCUGACUAAGACAUGGGGUCCUGAGGGGAGAAACCAGGAAGGGUGGCCUUGAGAAGGCCGUCCCUGCCAGCCUCAGGCAGUGGGCUUCGAGGGGGAGACUAGGGCUGAGGAGCCAGCCAGGUGGCGGCUCAGGUCACCCAAAGCUGACUGAAGGGGAGAGGACCCGUUGCAUCCCCUUGGUCCAGAGCCCACAGGCCAGGCCCUGGAGGAUCUCAGGCUGCACGAGGCUUGCUGGACACAGGCUCAUUGUCUCUAGGGCUUUCUGUCUCGCUGUAACGCCUCUCCAGCCAGCUGCAGCUCCUGCUGACCUAUCCCACCCGGCACAGGUCAUCCAAUGGUGACUCGCGGCCUAGCCUCCUGGCUCGAUGAGGAUGACAGGAAAGGGACACAGCUGGUGUUGAUGCUGGGAGGCCUCCAGGGAUGGAGGGUGGCCUGGCUGGUGACCGCACAGGAGCUGGGUUGGUGAUGAAGGUCAAGCAGGAGAAGCCGGAGCGGCUGCUGCAGAUACUGGCACCGCAGGUCAUGCUUGCGGAGAAGGACAAGGAGAACAUCUUCCAGCAGCACCCGGGCCUCCCGCCACGCCAGACCAUGGGGCGGCCUCGAGCCCUGGGGGGACAGGAGGAGUCUGGGAGUCCAAGGUGGGCCCCUCCCACUGAGCAUGAUGCGGGGCUGGCAGGCCGGGCUCCCGGGUCAGCCUCCGGUCCCCUGAGCCCCUCGCUUUCCGCCGGCGAGGGUCACUUUGUGUGCCUGGACUGCGGGAAGAGGUUCAGCUGGUGGUCGUCCCUGAAAAUCCACCAGCGCACCCACACCGGGGAGAAGCCGUACCUCUGCGGCAAGUGUGGCAAGAGCUUCAGCCAGAAGCCGAACCUGGCGCGCCACCAGCGGCACCACACUGGUGAGCGACCCUUCUGCUGCCCCGAGUGCGCGCGGCGCUUCAGCCAGAAGCAGCACCUGCUGAAGCACCAGAAGACCCACUCCCGGCCCGCCACCCACUCAUGCCCCGAGUGCGAGCGUUGCUUCCGUCACCAGGUGGGCCUCCGCAUCCACCAGCGCGCGCACGCCCGGGACCGCCAGGGCUCCCGCGCCGGCCUGCACGAGCUGCUUCGGGACGCGGCGGCGCGCAGGGCCUGUCGCCUGCGGCCGGGGCCGCCGCGGGGGCGCCCCGAGUGGGCCUGGCUGGGGCUCUGCCAGGGCUGGUGGGGCCAGCCUGGGGCCCGGACCGCGGUCUCCGGCCCCUCGGGGCCGGGCGAGCCGCGCCAGUUCAUCUGCAACGAGUGUGGCAAGAGCUUCACCUGGUGGUCGUCGCUGAACAUCCACCAGCGCAUCCACACUGGCGAGCGGCCCUAUGCGUGCCCCGAGUGCGGCCGCCGCUUCAGCCAGAAGCCCAACCUGACAAGGCACCUGCGCAACCACACGGGCGAGCGACCGCACCCCUGCCCGCACUGCGGCCGCGGCUUCCGCCAGAAGCAGCACCUGCUCAAGCACCUGCGCACGCACCUGCCUGGCGCCCAGGCCGCGCCCUGCCCCAGCUGCGGUAAAAGCUGCCGCAGCCGCGCCGCACUGCGCGCCCACCAGCGCGCCCACGCUGCCGCUGAGCCCGCCGUUCCGGCCGGGGAACCGGGCGACCAGCUGCAGGCCGAGGCCAUCCCAGGCUUGGCCGCGCGGCCGCGGAGCUCCCAACGGUCCCCGGGGGCCCGGGACGCGCUGUGGGGCCGGGGACGCGCGGGCCUCACCGGGCCUGGCGAGCCGCGCCAGUUCAUCUGCAACGAGUGCGGCAAGAGCUUCUCGUGGUGGUCGGCGCUCACCAUCCACCAGCGCAUCCACACUGGCGAGCGGCCCUACCCGUGCCCCGAGUGCGGCCGCCGCUUCAGCCAGAAGCCCAAUCUGACGCGGCACCGGCGCAACCACACAGGCGAGCGGCCCUACCUGUGUCCCGCCUGCGGCCGCGGCUUCAGCCAGAAGCAGCACCUGCUCAAGCACCAGCGUGUACAUCGCGCGGCCCCCGCGUGCAGCCCCAAGGAGGAGGCGCGCUAGUGGACGGGACCUCAGCGGACCCGUGGUGGUGCGGGGGAUGUUUGUGGGGUGUGUGUGGGGAGUGGGUGUGGCCAGGAUUGCUGGCUCUUAGAACUCCCCAUAGCAGGACCCGUAGAUUCCUCAAGGCGCUGAAGGGCUGAGAAUAGUUCUAGAAGGGUCCAAGAGGGUGCUGGGAAAGGUCCCAGCGUGGGUUGAGGGAGGAGGAGGAGGGAAGAUCCGAGUUCCUCACUGCGGGCCCGGAUGUGACCACCCUCUUCAGAGGUUGGACCCCAGGCUUCAAGCAGCGAGUGAAGGGCCUGUUGGGGACGCUGGGAAAGUCCCCUGGUGUGAAGUGGCUGAGGUCUGGACUAGUCAGCUGCAGCACCAGCCGGUCCUGCCCACGCUUCAGGAUGGCCAGGGGCUGCCCCUGUAGGAGAGUUGCCAAGACUCGGUGAUACCAAGGAUGGAAGCCAGAAGCUGUGGCGAGGGAGAGCCAAGCAUAUUCCCAGCACUAGGGCCAGAGCUGGCACGUCGUAGGAAUCCAAUAAAUAUUUUUGGAAGGAG